AAGAGGCAAAAUGACCAGCCAGUCUCAGGGAAUACAGCAGCUUCUCCAGGCAGAAAAACGGGCCAAAGAUAAGCUUGAAGAAGCCAAAAAAAGAAAAGGAAAGAGACUGAAGCAAGCCAAGGAAGAAGCCAUAGCAGAGAUAGACCAUUAUAGGCUCCAGAGAGAAAAAGAUUUCAGACGGCAGCAUUCCAAAAUAAUGGGCUCUCAAGAUAAUCUCUCAACAAAAAUAGAUGAAGAAACUGCAGCAAAGAUCCAGGACCUCACUAAUAAUUAUCACAAGAACAGAGAGAAUAUGCUUGGUCAUCUAUUAGGCGAAGUGUACAACAUCAAUCCUGAUAUCCAUCCAAAUUAUGCAUAUACGCUUUAAAUCCCUACGGAAACAUUUUAAAAGAAGCAGUGCUCGCAAGAUUGAAGAUGGCAGAUUGGAAACCAUCACUAUAUAUUAGCUUGUUGCCAAUUAUAUUUUUAUCACCAGCACAGAAUCGAACAGAAUCCAUUUGGAUUUUCUGUUUCCAACAGCCAAAUUGUUAGACAUAAUUUUGCUACAGGUUUUUCAUUAAUUAUUAUUGCUUUCUGCAUUCCAGCUGGAUAUAUAUAAUAUAAUCUCAAAGCUGAAGCACAUUCUUGAGUCUAAUAUUUGUAAUUUGGCCAGCUUUUAUAGGCAACUCUCUGGCAACGUAGAUUUUUUUCCCCCCGGUUUUGUAGCAAAGAUUCUAUCCCUUAAAUAUGGGCAAAAGCAGAAAAAAGAAUGGCUUGACAUCAGCAGCUUUUAAGUGGGUGUCUUUUUUUCCUUCUGAUGUUCUCUGCUGCUUGGAAAGUAUUUUGUCAUAUGGCUUGUUGUAGGAAAUCUGUUUGUCUCAAUAUGUGGAGUUUUAAAAUAACUAAGCAUACAAUAAAUA